UUCGACCAAAAUAUAGUCUGCCGUGGAUCGCCGGACCAUUCAGUCUUUUCCCGUUCGACUAGUGUUCUCCGAUCUGUGAGGUUGCUCGCACACCUAUUUUUUAAUUCCUUUAAGUUAAUAAAUCCAAAAACACAAAUCCAAAAUGGCUGAUGAUGAGGCAAAGAAGGCUAAACAGGCCGAGAUUGAGCGCAAGCGUGCUGAAGUGCGCAAGCGUAUGGAGGAAGCCUCCAAAGCUAAGAAGGCCAAGAAGGGUUUCAUGACCCCAGAAAGGAAGAAGAAGCUUAGGUUGUUGCUCCGUAAAAAAGCCGCUGAAGAGCUGAAGAAAGAACAAGAACGCAAAGCCGCUGAACGUAGACGCAUCAUUGAAGAACGUUGCGGUAGCCCGAGAAAUCUCAGCGACGCCAGCGAAGCUGAACUACAAACAAUUUGCAAACAAUAUUGGCAACGCCUCUUCGCUUUGGAGGGGGACAAAUUUGAUUUAGAGCAUAUAGAAAAAGUCAAGGCACAAGAGAUCAACGAUCUCAAUGCCCAAGUUAACGAUCUGCGUGGCAAAUUCGUGAAACCAGCCUUGAAGAAGGUGUCCAAAUACGAAAACAAAUUCGCCAAGCUCCAGAAGAAGGCCGCUGAAUUUAACUUCCGUAACCAACUUAAGGUUGUUAAGAAGAAGGAAUUCACAUUGGAAGAGGAAGAGAAGGAGAAAAAGAUAAAAGAUGCUCAAUUAAAAUCAACAGUCAAAAAGUAAAAAACCCGACUGGUCCAAGGGCAAACCCGGCGAUGCUAAGGAUCACGCCCCCGAAACACCAGCAUAAAUGGGCAUCAAUGCAUUGCAUCGUCGUCGCGGAUAGUCUCUAUUCUGGCCGUGCCGUAUAUUAAAAAUAGAAAAACAUCAAAAAGAAACAACACAUAUGUAUAUUUAAAAUUAUAACUAAAUGUUUACUAAGUCAAAAGAUAAAAAAUAAAUUUAUAAAGAAGCCCUUUUUAUUAUAAAUAUAAAUAUAACUUAAACAACUUCACCACCGAGCACGAAUGGAACUGGCAAGAGCAGCACGAAGGAGCGUUUUGGGGUGAGAGAAAGCUUUGGAUACAAAUAAUUUUCUUUGGAAGAUGGUUAGUGAAAAUAAAUAAUUGAUAGAAAUUCGAAAACGCGGAAGGACAGAAUAUAACACUUAGUUUAAAACAACUAAAUAAAUUAUAUUGUUAUUUAGUAAUGACAACUAAGCAUCGUUGAAACAACAGAGGAAUAAAUAUACAAUGGUAUUUUGUAGAUUUCAAAUGGUAUCGAGCAUUACUUUGCACCUUUUAUUUGUAUUCAAUAAAGUUUAUUGUAAAUUAUGCGCUAAGCA